AUAACAUUUCAACGAAAGUGUUAAAUCGAAACAUCUCCCUCAUCAAAAUUGAACGGGAUCUUCCCUCCCCCCCGCCUGCAUAUCCCUUCAUCUAUUUUCCAUGUUUCGUCAAGGGAAGGGAUCUCGGAAUAAUAUCAAUGGAUAGAUCCAACACAUGAACGAGAUGUGGUUGAUGCUCAUUGCUUUUCUCUCUCAUGACUCAAGACCAACCCUAAGGCUGCCGCGGGUUCUUGCAGAUGCAACUGCACGCCGCCUAUUUAUAUACCUGAUUGAAUACAAUUCGCUGACACGUGCAAACGUAUCCUAUUCCAAAUCCCUCAUUUCAGCCCUGCUCCUCUCGAAUCCAAAAAAAUGUAAAAGGAGAAUUGUGAUGGUCACGUGCAUAGAAAAUACAAAUCUCCCGCAUCUGCGCAGAUGGUUCAUCAACAACGAACAUGCCUAAAAACAAGCUCUAUAAAACCUCUACCCCGCCGGAAUGUAUUCUCCGCUCUUACUCGUAGCCAAUGAAAUAUCUGGAAAAAGA